CUAAAACCCCAAACAGCUAGUAAUGCAGGUGUAGAAGCACUGUAUGUAAACUUCCGACUUCAACUGUAUAUGAACUAUAAAGAUAUUGUAGCCAUGUCAGUCUUUUUAGAUGAUACUAUGGAUGAUGCUACAUUUUUAGCACUUGCAGGUGAAUUGAAUUUAGCAAAUCAACCAGUUAUUUUAAGUUCUUCCAUGUGUCUUGUCUUCCAGCAAAGCUAACAGAACAAGCAGCCCUGUGCUUUGAAAUGGCAGAAGUUUCACAAUGCUGCUCACUUCCUGGAUUUAGUGUCAUACAUUUUUAGUGCAAGAGAGGAACUAGAUAGAAAUUCAAAGGAACUUGAGAAAAAUAUCAGUGGCUGAGGAUGACUAGUAAAACAAACCGCACAAUGAAAUGUGUGAACAGUAGGGUCUAACAGGAAAGAUUGUGUGCAGAGUUUUUAUUUUAGUCUGAAACGUUUUAACUAACUGGAUCUGAAUAUAGUAAAGACUAGAGAGGGAGCUGUAACUACGUGUGGGCGAGUUUGUUGUUGCUGUUAGGAUGUCUCUGCUCUUUCAUUUGUUGUGGUGUUCUCUGGCAAGGUUGGGAUUGGAAAGUGCGUCUACUGGUCUAGUGAGUGACAGCAUCAGUCUUGGAGAAUUUGAAUUGAAGCUAGGCAGUAGUUUUUGACUCCUAACAUUUCUUAUGCUUAAAGCAAUAUGCUGUGUGCAUGUGUUUAUGAAUAACUCAUUAAGACAUUUCCAUUUCUCAAUAUUGUGAUUUUUCUACACUAAUAAAACGGCCCUUUUGCUUGGAAAGGGAAUUGGGUCAAUUGACAAACAUUUCUUCAGUAAUGUUGUAAGAAUACUGUCACAUUUGCAAAAAAAAAUUCAUUGAGAUUUCCCUUUUAUAGUUCAUGACUUUCCAAACCUCACAGUUUACACAGGGCCACCUGUUUCCAAAGCUUGUUUGUUAUAUUAACGUGUGUGUGUGUAUUUGGGUCCCAAUGACAGGUAGUAAUGUGGUGCUGUACUUCAUUCAUUCCUGAAUUGAGACUGCCUCUAGGGAGCACUGAGAGUCUGUGCGGCACCGUACCAGUGAGACAGUGACUCAGUCUAGGCUGAGCUCUUGUGGUGCUUCUCCGUGGUCUGACCUCGGUUCCACAGCGUGCACCAGUCACAGAGGAGCUCAACUCGAGAUCCUGAAGAGCCUCCUGUGUUUCAGUGAGUAUUGUGACAGCAGCAGGAGUAGUGCAUUGAAAUCAGCUCCCGCAACGGGACUCGGCGAGCUCAAACAGGACGGUAAAAUCCACAUAAUAGUCAUCUCUGAAAGCCUGCUGUCUUUAGACAUCGUUCCUCUUUUAAAGUGUGCCAUGAGGGCAGAAUGUUUGACGCUGGUUGUCUUAUUGGCGCUGGAAUAUUUGUGUCAGAGUGAAGCCAUGUCCACCUGUAAGUCACUGGACUUGGAGCUGGUGAAGAGAAAACGCAUUGAGGCCAUCCGUGGACAGAUACUGAGCAAGCUGCGGCUGCCCAAGGAGCCAGAGAUUGAUCAGGAGGGAGACACUGAGGAGGUCCCAACCUCCCUGAUGUCCAUCUACAACAGCACAGUGGAGCUGAGUGAGGAGCAGGUGUACACGUACAUAUCGCCCACUCAGGAUGCAGAAGAGGAGGCAUACUUUGCAAAGGAGGUCCACAAGUUCAGCAUGAAACAAAGUGAGAACACCGUUAAGUACCAAAUGCUCUUCAACAUGUCUGAGAUGCGGUCUGUAUUGGGGACAGAUCGACUGCUCUCUCAAGCUGAGCUCCGUCUCCUCAUCAAAAAUCGUGGCAUGCUCGACGGCAUCGAGCAGAGGCUGGAACUCUACAGAGGCAUUGGAGAUAAGGCACGUUACAUGAAGUCCCAUUUUGUCUCAAAGGAAUGGGCCAAUCGCUGGAUCUCCUUUGAUGUUACACAGACUCUGAGGGAGUGGCUGCAAGGGGCUGGAGAGGAGCAAGGAUUCCAAUUGAAGUUGUCUUGUGAUUGUGGGAAAACAAUGGAAGAAUUCCUCUUUGAAAUAUCAGGGAUGAACAAGCCAAGGGGAGAUAAAGAAACUCUCUUCGUGAACAUGCCAAAGCCUCACAUUUUACUGAUGUCACUUCCUGUGGAACGCCACAGCCAGCUUAGCUCUCGGAAGAAACGACAAACCACUACUGAAGAGAUUUGCUCAGACAAAUCAGAGAGUUGCUGUGUGCGAAAGCUUUACAUUGACUUCCGUAAGGACCUGGGCUGGAAAUGGAUCCAUGAACCCACUGGCUACUUUGCUAACUACUGCAUGGGCCCAUGCACCUAUAUAUGGAACACAGAGAACAAGUACUCCCAGGUACUGGCUCUGUAUAAGCACCACAAUCCUGGAGCCUCUGCCCAACCUUGCUGUGUUCCACAGGUCUUGGAGCCCCUACCCAUUCUCUACUAUGUGGGUAGACAACACAAGGUGGAGCAGUUGUCCAAUAUGAUUGUUAAGUCCUGCAAGUGUAGCUAGAAUUACAUAUAUCCAUUUUCUUAUUCAUCAUAUUUCCUUGUACUCAUGGAGUCCUAAAAUCUGGAUGUAGUCCAGACAUCAUUUCCGAAUGUUAAUAUUAUUAUUUGACAUAUUUCCCAGCCGAGGAUUUCCCUAUUCAAUGAUUAGUGGAUGUUUUUUUAUUUUUUAUAUAUAGUGGUUUAUGGAGUUUUUUAAUAGUUAUUUAGAUUUGCCAAUGUCCUGGGUGUGUCAAUAGACUUGUCUUAUUGUCAUUGUGUUUCAGUAUUUACAGUGUAUUCACAAAGUAUUCAGACCCCUUCUUUUUUCCCACAUUUUGUUACGUUACAGCCUUAUUCUGAAAUGGAUUAAAUAAAAUAAAAAUCCUCAUCAAUCUACACACAAUACCUGUAAAAAAGACGCCUUGUUCCCCCUCCUCUCCUCUCUACCUAACUUCCCCUUCACAGUCCCUUCAGUUUCCCUUCAGUCCCGUUAGUUUGGCUGCUCAGCCCACCUAAGUUAUCCCUCACCCAUCAUAGCCCUGCCAUUCCCAACCAAUCAGAGUGCUUGGAAAGGGGCAUCAGGACACUGCACCCACCCACUCAGGUCAGAGCAUUAUUGUUGUCUGAAUGGAGAAGACGCAUGUGUCUGAGGACUUUUUAUUGUCGACAGUAACACGAAUGUCUGACUGUUGUGUGCGUCGAAAUAACCACAACAAUAAGAAUCCAAGUCAUUCGGAUUACCAAAAUCAUAGAAACACCUACAAUGGAAAUAUCUGUGUGUGUGUGUGGUGGUGACUAUCAAGAGUACAGUGAUGGGCCUCAACAUCAUGUUCUAACCAGACAGCACUAUAGUGGGCAGAACCAAACCAAUCAGUUAUAAGUAUAUAGCGGGUAAGGGAAUUCAGAGCCGACCGCUUAGACAGGUGAGGGCAUACCAGCCAACCGUUUUUACGUGGUUCUUCUAGCCGGAUUUAGUGACCAACUUUUUUUUUUACACGUCCCUCAUUUGUCCAGAUUAGUUUUUACAAUACCACAUAAUGACAAAGCGAAAACCCGUGAUUGUGUCGAGGCACAGAUCUGGGGGAAGGGUACCAAAACAUUUC